UCUGACAGUCACAGGAGAUCCAGCGAGCCAAGCACGACGUCCAUCUGCAGCCAUUCACCCAGGCGCGUUCAUCGAUGGGGAGCGAUGUCAUCGUCCAGGCCAAGCUGGUGGGUGCUUCUUGGGGACCUGGGCGCCGGGAAGACGAGCAUCGUCGUUCGGUUCGCCAAAGGACUGUACUACGAGUGCCAGGAGUCGACGAUCGGAGCGGCCUUCUUCUCGCAGGUGCUGCCCCUGGAUGAGGCCACCGUGAAGCUCGACAUCUGGGACACCGCCGGCCAGGAGCGAUACCACAGCCUCGCACCCAUGUACUACCGAGGCGCCGCCGCGGCGAUCGUCGUCUUCGACAUCUCCAGCACGGACUCGUACAUGCGAGCGAAGAGAUGGGUUGACGAGCUUCAGAGGCAAGGGAAUCCACAUCUGGUCAUGGCUUUAGUGGGCAACAAGGUCGAUUUAGAAGAACGGAGGCAGGUUGGGACACAGGAAGCCAUGGACUACGCAGAAGCAAACGGCCUGUUCUUCACAGAGACGUCGGCCAAGACGGCGCAGAACGUCAGCGAGCUGUUCUACGAGAUUGCUGAAAGAGUGGUGAAGCUACGGCCUAAUCGUCCCGCCGGAAUGGUUCUGCACGACGGCCGGCGUGGCGGCGGCGGAAGGUGGCCAUUCUGCUGCUCCGGCUGACGCCCUGUUUGUAGGCGUAGAUUGUCAAAACAACUAGAUGAACACUACCAUCAGAGGAGUGAUGUUACAUAUAUGUGCAGACGUUGUACUAG